AUGCAUAAAAAAAUGUUAAAGCUCUAUAUGCUUGAGUGUUAAGCUCCUUGGACCACAAGUGGUAGAGGGUAAUAGUUACUGAGACACCACGAGGAAGGUUCCUCCCUGUGUACAGGAAAAAUUGAAGAGAAAAAAAAUCGAGGAAGUGGCCAGAUGGGGAAUUUGAGUCUGUCACAAGGAUAGUGUGCUUGGAAGAUUGGCAGGAGAGGAUGCUGCUCUUUGCCAGGGCAAAGAACAAUGGGACACAGAAAGCCCCAGUGACUCAAGACCAGGCCAGUUGCUGGGUACUCAGAAGACGAGAAGAAAUAUGUGCGUCGUCUGCACCGCUGACUUUGCAAGAUAGCAGAGGAGAAAAGUAACACUUUGAAACUUGGUUAAUAUAUUUCAGGAACUCAACAGCCAAAAUACUAGUACUAACCUUGCAGUUAAAAAAAAUGAACUUCCUGUCAACCUUUGUGACGUUUGAGAACCUCCAUGAGGUUCGGAGAUUGUGCCACUGGGGUCCAGUCAUAGCCCUGUCUGUCAUUGCUAUAUGCUCCACCAUGUCGAUCCUGGACUCCAUUAUCUGGUACUGGCCACUUGACACUACAGGAGGCAGCAUAAACUUUAUCAUGCUCAUCAACUGGACUGUGCUCAUCCUCUACAACUAUUUCAAUGCCAUGUUUGUUGGACCUGGAUACAUUCCUCUUGGCUGGAAACCAGAAAAUCAACAGGAUAGCCAGUACCUACAAUACUGCAGAGUGUGCCAAGGGUACAAGGCCCCCAGAUCCCAUCACUGUCGAAAGUGUAACAGGUGCGUGAUGAAGAUGGACCACCACUGCCCCUGGAUCAACAACUGCUGCGGCCACACGAACCACGCCUACUUCACCAGCUUCCUGCUGCUGGCUCCACUGGGCUGCUCCCACGCUGCCAUUAUCUUCAUUAUGACCAUGUACACACAGCUGUAUGAGAGGAUAUCAUUUGGCUGGAGUACUGUAAAGAUUGACAUGAGUGCUGUACGUCAGUUCCAGCCUCUCAUGCCCUUCAGCGUGCCCGCCUUUGCUGCCACCCUCUUUGCCUUAGGUUUGGCACUGGGCACCACGAUUGCAGUUGGUAUGCUUUUCUUCAUACAGAUGAAAGUCAUCCUUCGAAAUAAGACUUCGAUCGAGUCCUGGAUCGAGGAAAAGGCCAAAGACAGAAUACAGCACUACCAAACAGGGGAGGAUUUUAUCUUCCCAUACGACCUCGGCAGCCGCUGGCUGAAUUUCAAGCAAGUCUUCACAUGGUCAGGGACACCCAAAGGUGACGGCCUUGAAUGGCCAGUCCAUCCCAAGUGUCACCAGUACACCUUAACUAUUGAGCAGCUGAAGCAGAAAGCUGAUAAACGAGUAAGAAGUCAGGUCCAAUACCGGGCAGUGGAGGACUAUAAUGGAGCUUGCUGCCCUCUCAACAAGGGUCUCCAAACCUUUUUCAGAACCCCCUGCACCGAGGAGCCCAGGAUCCCCCUCAGCAAAGGGGACACCAUCCUGGCCACUCGUGGCACCAAAUGGUGGAUGUAUGGAGACAAAGUUUUAAGCGAGGAGCAAAUGAGAGCUGGUGAGCGUAUAAGGGGAUGGUUUCCAAGGCGAUGCGUGGAGAAGUGCCAUUACGACACGGCUGCCAGUGAUAGCACCAGCGAUAAGAAAGUAAAUUAAUAUAUGUCGGCAGGCUUUAUGUAGAGCAGGGGAGUUGAACUGAACAGAAGCCGUCUGCCCAUGUUCAUAAAUGUAUAUCCACUGAAGAUGUCAUGCCUGAUGCUGCAGGCUCACCAUCAAGAUUUUCAUAUUUUGGGUGAAAUUUCUCACACAUUUCAGUACCAGCUUGUGUUUGUAGGGCAACUCUAUUAGUUACACCAGGGAAUGUAAUCCAAUGCAACGUUGCAGCCUUAAAUUGUAUUUUUACGAAGCUUCUGCAGUGUCAGUUUUUACUGUCAAAAAAUUUAUUCUAUUUGAUGUUUAUUAUUGUUGGUGGUGAUGGUGUACUGGACUGCAUUUCAUUUAAAAGUGUUCCUAUUAUUGUGUCCAGUAACUUACAUGAUGCAGGCAGAAUAUUAGGAUUUCACAGGUGUACCUAAUAAAGUGGCCGGUGAGUGUAGUUCUGUCUUACUGAGCACUUUGCCGUCAGAUGUCCUGAAGAGAACUACAGAGUUCAUUCGAGGUCUCAAGGGUUCAGUUCGAUUCCUCUGACCAAAAGUUCAAAACCCAACAAGAGUCUUAAUUUCCAAGAUUGCCACCAGGCUUUAAUGUGACUUCGUUAUGAUUACAUGACUUUUUACUUGAAUCUGUUGUUUUUACUUGUGUUGAUAUCCUUUUUUGCUACUUAUGCAAUGCCUCUGCCCAGCUAACCCCAGGGCUUCAUCAUGCAACUCUUUCUACAGUAUGGAGAUAACACUUAAUUUCUUUUUAUUAUUUUUGUAAAAACAAAUUGUUGGCCUCAAACUAUAAACUGAAAAUUAAAAAAAUCUUCUGCAAGAA